UCGGGUUUCUUCUCUAACCUACGUCCCCACUCUUUUCUGCGCGGGACAAAAUCAAUUAACCAGAGGCUGAAACCUACAUCCAUGAAAGAAGCCGCCACCGCCGCCGCACACGGCGGAGCCUGGAGCGGCGCGUUUUUCAACCAGCAAGUGAAGGUUCGCCACGAAACCAAACUGAAGGAGCUUCUGCACAGGAUCACCUCGGCAGAGAUAAAGCUAUGCUCCGACGCCGCAAAAGAGUUCAUCAAGCUCUUGAAAUCCGACGACGGUGGCUCGCUGCUUUGCGAAUACGUUCGCGGUUCUCCGAAGUGCUCGGAGCUUCUGGAAGCGUGGAAGCUGAGGCAAGGAAAACAGGGAACGCGGUACAUAUUCGAGUUAAUCUCCGCCAUUCUGAGCCACCGUGACGGAAAACAGCAGAGUUCCGGCGAAACGGUGAGUAUCUGUAAGGAUUUGGAUAAGUUCGCGCGUUUGAUUGUUUCCGAUUACCUGAAUGAUGUGUAUAAGGAGUUGAACAGCAAGGAAGUGAAGCGGCAGAAGGCUGCGCUUUCGCUCGCGACUGCGGUGGUUAGGCGCGGGCCGAAUUUGGCCAAUGAGGUUGCCAAGAGCUUCGAUUUCAACGUUGCCGGAUUCGUUGGUAUUGCUAAGGGGAAGCGGAAUGCUGCUGAUGGUUUGUUGAGGAAGGCGUUUGUUCGAUUCGCGAUGUCGUUUUUGGAGGUUGGGAAGCCGGGGCUGUUGCGGUGGAUUCUGCAACGGAAGGAGAUGUAUUCCAGCGUGCUUCGUGGAUUGGGGAGUGAUGAUGAUGAGACUGUGGUUUUUGUGUUGUCCACGCUGAGGGACUGUGUUCUUGUUGAGGAGUCAUUGGUGCCGCCGGGACUGAGGAGUGUGCUGUUCGGGAGCGUGACGUUGGAGCAAUUGGUUGAGGUUUGUGGGAGGGAAGGUGGUGGUGAGGCUGUGGAGGCGGCCUUUGAGGUUCUUGUAAGGGUAUGUACUGAUUCGAGUAAUGGGUUGAUGCCUGACUUGAAGAGGCGCCCGAAUCCGUUGAAGGGUAAUACGAAGAGAAUCAUGGACCUCAUGAAGAAACUGUGGCCGUCGGAGGUUCAGUAUCACCGUGAUUUGCUUUUGGCUAUUGUCAAUGCCAAAGCUUCAUUUGGAUUGUCAUAUUUGAAAGAGUUUCCUUACAAUGUUGAGAAUUAUAAGUCAUCUUCAUGGAUUUCUGCGAUCUCUGUGGCAGCUGAUUUGGUGUCAUCAGUCAGCAGUGGACUUUCCAAGGAAUUCAUCAACUCUCAAUCAAUCGAUCAGCACUCAUUUGGCAACAUGGAUUUACAAGACAUCAUGAAGUGCUUGUAUCCUCGUCCAUUCAGCAGGUCAAUGUUUAACAAGGGAUUGCAUCAUGCAAACUCUUAUGUGAAACAUGGUACUCUAAGACUUCUUCUGGAAUUACUGAAGUUGCUGGACUCUCUUUUUAAUGGUUUGAACCAUAAUUCUAGUUCCAGCAAUCCAUCUUCGGAACAUAUUGUCAAGCAAGAAAUUCAGAAUUAUGUUCAACCUUUUCUUCCUGAUAUGCAGGUUUUAUUAAAUCUGCUUUCCUCUUUAGAUGCCUGUUCUGAAGCCCAUACAUCAAAUUUGAAGAGAAAUGCAGAUCAUCAUGAACAUGGAAGCAAUGCUAGAAAGAAGUUAAAAAUUGAUACUUCUGUGAGUGACAUAGAUAUAAUUGUUGGUGGGAUAAGUGCUGGUCCAGAUUUGGAUUUGAAUAGCAACAGUGGAACAGUUGACAGUGUACUAAGAGCAGAUGCAUUGGAUGAUACAGAGGAUCUCAUUGAUAGUGUUGGGGAAAUUUGGGGUGUGGAUCUUCGUUCCAUGGGCAUUAGCACCCUGAAGCAUGCAGACUCAUACUUACUCUCUAAACUGCUUGACGCUCUCAAAUAUUUUGGUCGCACUCUGCCUUUCGCUUUGGAUAAUUCGAUUGAAUCUUUCAAGAGUUUUCUCAAAAAUCCAUUAGAGUUAACAGGUUAUCUGCAGGUCUCUCUGUUGUCUUUGCUUGUUGAAUACAUUGAGUGGUGCCCAGACAAUGAAAUUCCUAUAAAAACUCCACCCAUGUUGUACAAAUACCUAGAGCCAUUCCUUGAUGUGUUAAUGUUCUCACAAGUCGAUGAGACGAAGGAUCUGGCAUACAGGCUGGCCAUGGCAGCUAUGUUCAGUACUGGUGCUUUUGACAGGAACCUUCAUGAGAUAGAAGCAUGGUUUUUAUUUUUACCAGGUUAUCACAGAAAGAAACUCCCUGUCAAUAUCAUGGAGGUGGAAGUUUUACGAAGUUUGUCUUCAUCUGUGGUAUCAUUCUUAUGUGAUGCUGUUUCUACAAUUGGGAAUAAUUUAGUCAAAUAUUGGAAUAUCUUUAAGAGUUAUGUCCAUUGUUUGGAAUGUGGUAAAGAUUCAUCACCUGAUUUUAGUCCUUUUAUCUUAUGUGUGAUGGAGAAGUGUCUAAAGGUGAUUCGUCCUAAAUCAGGAACCUGCUCAUGGCCUAAAAAAUCCAUGGUAUUAUUAUACACUUGCAAUACAGUAAAGUAUCUCUUGCAAACACAGGUCAAUGCUGAGUUGUUAGCUGCUUUAGUUAAUGCUGACUUGACUGAGAGACUUGGUGGCAGUAAUGAAUAUAAUGAAGUCUUUCCUGAGUGGAAACCUCUGAAGAAUUUGUUGGACUUUGUAAAGAGCAUAUCACACCAACAAAAUUGUCUUUUCUCUAAAAAUGAAGAAUCUGUCUCUGCUGAUGGUUCUUUGGGAAGUGCACUUGGUUACGUAAAUAAAUCAUUUAGUAGUGGGGUUGGUCAUGGGAUGGCUGAAACCAUCUUAGCUUUUGUAUCCUCCACUAUACUUGAAGGUACUGAUAAAAUAGCCACGAAUCUGGCAUUUCGUGCGGUCAUUUCACAGGACUAUAGUGUUAUCCUCCAUGCUUCUGAGUUGUGUCCUGUAAUGUUUUAUGCUGGCUUGGAUAUGGUCAUAUCAGAUCUUGGUAGUGAUAGUCGAAAUGCUGCUCCUAUUGGGACCUCUGAUUUCACUUUGUGUCCAGACUCUCUAACUUGUAACCAACUUUUAGACCCUACUGAAGCUGAUGCUGCUGCAUUUGGUAUCGUUUUAAAACAAAUACCUUUCCAUGUGAUAUAUCCGGCAAUCAUGUGUAUGAAUGAUCUUUACAUAUCAAAGCUGUCAAAGAUUCAAGAGCUUUUACUGCAUAAAUUAUCUGAGUCCAUUAACGAUUGUUCGCUCCUUCUCAAUCUGCAACUUGUGUUGUUCUGGACUCAUCAUAUUCAGUUAAGUUAUAAAGAUAACCCAUUAGCUGAAAUCAAAGAACGUUUGAAUCUGUGUGUUAUUCUUGUACGGAAUUUAUUAGCUCAAUUAUUGGUUCCUGGAAGUGGUUCUGAGUGGUCUACAAUCCGUGCUUUUUCUUCAUCAAACAGUCAACAAGUGAUUAAAACCAUCUUUUGUCAUCCUUGUGUUCCGAUGUCUUUAUCCUUUUCCCUGGGAAGUAGUCUUGCAAAUGGAUAUAUAGGGAGUGGCUUUGACAUGCUGAAUGUACUAUCCCGAGAGGGGCUUCACGAGUUUGGUAAUCCAAUUUUAAAUAUAUUGACAAUGACUCUAGACUACAUGUGGUCUUUAUUUGGAACUCACCGAUGUGCAUCAAAAGCUCAAGAUGUUGCUAAUAAUUUCAUGAAGUCCUUCGAAGGCCUUCAACAAAAGCUGUUUCUGGAUUUCAGAGAACAAUUUGAGUUGUGCGUUUGCUCUAAAGACAUGAUGCCUCUCCCUCCAACAUUGUGUACUUUACAUGCCUUGCAUCAGUUUUUAAACCCUUUCCAGCUCCUUGAAUUGGUAGAUUGGAUGUUCAAUCGAGUGGAAUUGGAGGUGGAUGAUUUGCCAACUAAGAUAUCCUAUUUAUCUGUUGGAUGCUCCUUAGCUACUGAUGCUUUCAGAGCUAUAUCCAUUUUUUUUCAGCAGUCAUCUGGAAACAGGGUACCAUAUGAUUUAUUUUGGAAGAUGGGUGAAAAAGUUACGAAAGGUGAUAUUUUUGAGAAGAUCUACAGUAAGGUUGUUGACUUUUCUGUAAACUAUGAAAUAGAUUGCGCAGAUAGAUGCUUGCAUGAAGCUGUCAAUGCUUUGUAUAAGCAGAAACAUAUGCAACAAGAAAAAUUUCAUCCUUUGUUGUUGGUCAUGUGGAAAGUUAUAGGGAUGACUCCAGUGCAAAUGCUUUCUCAUUGCAUUCACAAGACAAAUCCAAUGAGAUCUAAAUUCAUACAUAUUCUGACUGAACUGAGUUCUCUGCAUUCAUCAAUAUUUGGGCAAUUUUUUUUGGGUAUAGUGAAUAUUAGUUUACAUCAUGAUAUUGGUGUGAUGGGACAUGCCUUUGAUGUUACUCUUUCAGAAGAUCAGUUUAUACUGCUUCUACCAGCUUCUUUGUCAUACUUGAGCCUAAUUUCUAAGGGACUUGGGGAAAACAAUCACAAAGAUUUUAAACACAUACCUUACUUUUAUUCAAAAAUUCUUUUAAAAGGUUUCAGUCAGGGAAAGAGCUUUUUCUCAAAAAACAUAUUUGAGGAAGAGUUCGGAGAAUUCCUUCCAUCAUCUGUUCAAGAACUGCUCUCUCUUAUUGAUCGUAGUCUUCUUGGAAAAUCAAUUCAUAUGUUGCAGUAUCACUUUGCUCUUCAUGGAGAUUCUGUGAAACUGAAGAAGCGACUAAAGCUAUUCAAGUCCAUUUGCCCAAAAUUUGCUUCACUUGAUAUGCUGAUGGACUGUGAUUGUCAAGAUAUUGAUAGUGAUUCUCUCCACCAGUCUUUGAACGUCAUCAAUCAUGUUGUUGCAAAGAUGUCACUUUGUAAACUAUUAUUGUUUCAUGAAGUAGGUGAGGAUUUGAAAGAGGCUGCUGCGGAAAAGCGAAGCAAAUUGGAAGUUUCCAAGAUGCAUUUCAUAAACAUUUUGGUAGACAUUUGGCAGUUCAUUGUUAAGAAAUUUUCUUUAGCCUCUGGUCAAUGUGGAGCUGCUAAAAGAACAAACAUUUCAUUGCUAUAUAAUCACUUGGAAGCUUUUGUGUUACAAAAUAUUCUUGAAUUGGCUGUAGAGAUGAAAAGUGAUCUUAUUCAAUUACAAUCCAUUCCCUUCCUUGAGCAAUUCUUCAGAUGUGCUCUUCUCUAUAGAUUCAACGAUCCUACAACAAUGAAGACUCUCCGGCUUAUAUUGACUCAUCUUAAUGAGGGGAGGCUGCCAUAUGAAUUAUAUCUUCAGUUGUUAGUUGCUCAUUCUCAGUUUGCUCCCACUCUUCAUUCUGUGCGCAAACCAGCAGGUUCCCUUUUGAAGCCUGUGUCCAGCAUUCUGAAAUGUCUUGUCAUUCCUUCUCCUAACCAUUAUGAAAAUAAUGAGGAGCACAAAAAGCCAACAACAGAGCUCACUAGUAGACCAUUGGAAAUUGUUAAGUUGCUUUGGAUACUCUUGCGUACAAAGAAUUGUCAUGCUGGUUUAGAUGCUGGAAAUGAUGUCAGCAUAAACUUAAAAGAAUUGCAUGCACUGCUACUUCAUUCUUAUGGUGCAACACUCAGUCAGAUUGAUUUGGGGAUAUACAAUCUGAUGCAACACAUUGAGUCUAUGACUGGAUCAAGGCCUCAGAAUGCCCUGUUGAUUUCAGAUGCAAUUGCGGAAUGGACCAGAAGCCAACAUGGAGACAACUAUCCAAUUGACCCUGACAUAUGUGUGUCAACAGUUCUCUAUUUUCCCUAUGACCGAAGUAUCUCUGAUGAACCAUCAUCUUUAAACAAAAUUGAGAAAGAUACUGUCAGGAAAAAGAUACGUUAUUCUCAUGUUGAAGUUAGAGAGCGUUAUGAUCCUGCAUUUAUCCUGAAUUUCUCAAUUCACAGCCUAUCAAAGGCGUAUAUAGAGCCUGUGGAGUUUGCUGGGUCAGGGUUGCUUGCCAUUGCAUUUGUUAGCAUGUCUUCACCAGAUUAUGGGAUAAGAAGAUUAGCUUAUGGCACUCUUGAUAAACUUAAGAAUGUCUUAGAGAAGUGCCAAAAAAGGAAGGAUAUGAUAGGACUUCGGCUUCUACUAAAUUCUAUUCAAAACAGCAUAGAAGAGCCAUGGCAAAGAAUCCCAUCUGUUAUUGCUCUAUUUGCUGCAGAGGCUUCUUGUGUAUUGUUAGAUUCAUCACAUGAUCAUUAUGCAGCUCUAAGUACAUUGUUGAUACACUCUUCCAAGUUGGAUAUGAGGGCGAUACCUCUGUUUGAUAACUUUUUUUGGAGUACGUCUGUUAAUUUCAAAGCAGAAAGGAUUUGGAUGCUUCGGCUAGUAUAUGCAGGGCUGAACUCAGAUGAUGAUGCAAUGAUAUAUAUCAGGAACUCUACCAUUGAGAGUCUAAUGAGUUUUUAUGUCUCUCCUCUGUCAGAUGUCGAGUCAAAGGGCUUAAUUAUUGAGGUGUUAAAGAAAUCAGUGAGGUUGAAUAAGAUUGCUCGUCAUCUUGUGAAACAGUGUUCUCUGUUUUCAUGGUUUUCAUGUAUCAUCUCAGUUACUAGAGAGAGGCUUAAUGGAGAAGACAAUAGAGUUUUCUUGAGGCAUGUAUCGGUAAUAUUGAAGGUUGUCAAUGAUGUUAUUUCUUUUGAAAGCAUCUCCAAGUGGUUACAAAACUAUGGUCUUGAGCAGCUCAUGGAGCUUUCAUCCACUCUAUUUCAUUUCUUACUCCGUGAUGUAUCAUCAUUGGCAAAGGAAACUGUGGGACUAGUUAAUCCUUUUCUACAAAUGAUAGCAUCAAUGUUGAAGUUAUCUCAAAAAAGGAAGGUAUAUCAGCCACAUUUCACUUUAUCAAUUGAGGGCUUAUACCAGAUAUACCAGGCUGGCAGUGUGUGUAAUCAACCAACAGAAAACAUCAACCCGGAGUUUGUUCUUGAAGCCAUACUUAUGAAUGCACCUCCCGUCUCCAUUUUCUCAGUGAAUCAGGAAAGGCUUCAAAGCUUUCUUGACUGGGCAGUUACAACUGCUUUACAGUCGGAGUCUUCCCAAAGGCUGAGGUCCUAUGAGUCUCGCAUCAUUUUCACAAAUAAUUUAGGGGAAGAGUCUCAUGAUGACUCGUUAGUGUCAAAAUUACUACGCUGGUUAACAGCAUCAGUAAUCAUGGGGAAGGUCCAUCAGAAAUCCAAUGAUAUCGAUUCAGGACUUGCUGAAACAAAUAACUUAGAAUCCCUGCAUUCUUUGCUGGUGCGUGUUGAAAAUUCCUCCGGACAAGGACACGGUUUUAAUAUUGGCGGUGAGGAGUUACUUGCUUCUACAAUUUUCUACCUCCAACAGCAGCUUGGUAUAAAUCAGGAAUUACUACCAUCAGUUGUGUCAGCUCUCUGUCUCCUGAUUUUUGGCUCCUCUAAUUUUCCAGUGGGCAGAACCGACUUAUUGCGAGGCUACAAUACUUUCAUAUUAUCACACUGUUUAAGUUCAAGGGUGCGGUGCCCUCCUGAAGCUGAUCCUGCUUGGAGAUGGUUGUUUGAUCAGCCAUGGAAGGAUCAAUCACGGGAGAACACUGAUUCACAAAAGAUGGAGGAAUAUCAUGCUUGCAUGAUUCUAUUAGUGAUUGUCGCAAAUGUACUUAGUGGAAAGAAAUUAGAGUCAGCUAAUUUUCUCCUGUAGAUAGAGAUUUGAGAGAUCUGGCUUGUUCCAAUGGAAAGAAGUUUACUAAGAAAUAGAAUGUACAAAUGUAAUUUUAAAAUAUAGUUCAUUUUUUGGCAAUGGACAAGGUCCAUGCAUGUUUGUCAGCAGCACAUAAACAUAAGCUAAUUUUAGUCUUUACUAACA